AUGGCGCCCUACACCAACAUCCCCCUCUCACCCGCCGAGCUCUCCUACCUCCACACCUCCCUCUCCCAAGACCCACCGAUCCGUCCGGACGGCCGCUCCCCGACGCAAUUCCGCCCCCUCGUCGCCGAAAAAGAAAUUUUACCGUCGGCGAACGGCAGCGCGAGGAUUUGUUUCGCGGAUGGCACGGAGGCGGUUGUGGGCGUUAAGGCGGAGGUGGAGAAGAGGGUGAGGAGGGGUGGGGGGUUGUUGAGGGGGAAGGAGGAUGCGGAUGUGGAUAUGGAUGUGGAGGGUGGUGGUGAUGGGGAUGGGCGCGAGGAGGGAAAGGGAGAAGAUGGGUGGUUGGAUGUGAGCAUUGAGAUUCCUGGGAUGAGGGAUGAUGAUGCAUUGCCUGUGUUUCUCGCGGCGAUGCUCAUGGAGGCGCUGCUCGCGGAUGGGGAGCUGAAGGGACGGUUAUGGAUUAGUAGAGGGUGGCAUUGGAGGGUUUUUGUGGAUAUCCUCCUCCUCUCACAACCCCUCUCCUACCCCCUCCCCCUCCUCUCCCUCACAACCCACCUCGCCCUCCUCUCCACACGCCUCCCCGCCCUCAUCUCCGAGAAAGACGAAGACCCCCUCUUCAACGACGACUGGGAAGCCUCGACAUACCUCUUCCCCAGGGACCCCUCCACGAACGAACCGAGAACCAAACCCCCCAUCACCCUCCUCGUCAUGACGGUCGGCCAAAACAUCCUCUUCGACCCCUCCACGGACGAAAUCGCCGUCGCCGACGCCGUGGUCGCUGUAUCCGCCGCGCAAGACGGGAAAGACGGUGGGUUGAAAAUGGUCGCGUUGAGGACGAUCGAUCCCCCGUCGAGACUGACGUCCGCGGGGGUUCCGCUGGCGGCGAAUACGACGGCUGGGGGUGGGCUUUCGGCGGAGGAGACGUUGAGGUUGAGGGAGAAGGAUGCCGGGGCGACGGUUUGGAGGCCGCCGAGGGGUGGGGUGGGGAGGGCGGUGUUGGGACGGAUGAUUCAGAGGGUGGUUGAGAAAGGGGGAGUUGGAGAGGAGGUUUUGGAGGGGUUGAGGGGGGUGAGGAGUUGA